AUGAAUGAUCGAUCUAAGACAUCUGACUUAAGAAGUAGAAUAAUUCGUGCUAUCAAAAAAAUAAACAGAAGUAACAAAAAAAAUGUUAUAGAAUCUCAACGAGAAACCCAAUUAAAUAACAAUAAUAAUAACGAUUUUGAUUAUGAUAAAGAUGAAUGUGUUGAUUAUUACACCCAUUUAAGUGAUAAAGUGUACAAGCCAGUUCCAUGGUGUUGUGGUUUGAUUACUUAUUAUGGUUAG